UUACUUGUAACACCUGAACUGGCAUCAUCGGCAUCUUUGUCAUUAUCAUCACGAUCAAUAUCAUCAGCUUCAAUGUUGUCCUCAUCCUCAUCCUCGACACCAACACCAUCGCCCACUACACAGUCAACGAGUUCAUUACCACAGAUGCCUCCAUCAUCAUCAUCAUCAUCGCUCUCCUCUGCAUCAUUGCCAUCAUCAGAGUCAGUCCUAUUAACAAUGACAUUAUCGCCACCAUCGCCAUCAUCAACACCACAAAUAGAACGAUCACCAGCAGGGUUAUCACAGGCAAAAACACCGCCAACGCCCUCAACGCCAUCAUCGUCUCCGUCGUCAUCACAGUCGCCUGCCCUAUCGCAAUCAUCGUCACAAUCGGCAUCGUCAUCACCACCUCCAUCACAGUCGUUAUCGUCAGCGCCAUCUCUAUCACAGUCGCCUUCACAAUCGGUAUCGUCAUCACCAGCUCCAUCACAAUCGCCAACACAAUCGGUAUCAUCAUCAUCUUCUCCACCUCAAUCACAGUCAUCAUCGCUAUCGUCAUCAUCGUCAUCGCCAACUCCAUCAAAAUGGCCGAUACAAUCGGUAUUAUCAUCAUCAUCAUCGUCAUCACCAGCUUCAUCACAAGCGCCUUCACAAACGGUAUCAUCAUCAUCAUCGUCCCCACCACCAUUACAGUCAUCAUCGGAUACACCAGCUCCAUCACAAUCGGUUUCAUCAUCAUCAUCAUCAUCAUCAUCAUCAUCGUCAUUAUCAGCUUCAUCACAAUCGCCUUCACAAACGGUAUCAUCAUCAUCAUCGUCCCCACCACCAUUACAGUCAUCAUCGGAUACACCAGCUCCAUCACAAUCGGUUUCAUCAUCAUCAUCAUCAUCACCAUCGUCCCUUUCUCCGUUACAGUUAUCAUCACUACCAGCUCCAUCAAAAUCGGCAACGCAAUCCGUAUCAUCAUCACCAGUGUCAUCAUCAUCGUUCCAACCUCUAUCACAGUCAUCACCAGUUCCAUCGCCAUCAGCAUCAAUAUUUCUACCGCCAACGUCAUCACAAUCAUCGUCAUUUUCGCCAUCACAGUUGAUAUCGUCAUCGUCAACAGCAUUGCUAUCACCAUCGUCAUCAUUACCAUCACCAUGGCAAACGUCAUCACAAUCAACGUUGUCAUCGGCAGCUCCAUCACAAUCACCAGUGACAUUCCGAUUGAUUCAAGGUUCCGUAACCAUUGAGUAGAAGUGGACCCCUACCUAUUCCGAUAUCAACUCAGAGAAGUACAAAACGCUUCAUAGUGAACUCACUGAACAUUUAACCAAAGUGCUCAAGAAAGCAUACGACGAACUUUUUAUGAAGGUGGAAAUAAGUAACUUCCGUCAAGGAAGCCUCAUUUUCGAUUACAGAAUUUACUUCAAAAUCACAUGGAGAGUAAGCAGAACCGACGGAUUGAAAGAUGUCAUUAGGAGAGCGGAAGGUGGUGAUAAGAAGUUCAACCACACUACUAGUGUAAGCAUCACGAGUGUAUUUCCUCCUGAGUGCCCUGAGGAACAAAAAGAUAGUUCAGGAUUAGCACGAUGGAUCAUUGUUCUCAUCGUGUGUGGUCCCGUAAUAGUCAUCCUACUGAUUCUUGUGGGAAUUCAAAAGGUAAGUUCCUCUUUGUUCAGAGCUCGUGCCUUCGAAGGUUAUUCUUUACUCCAAUCUUGUAAUUCGAUGGUAAUGCUUAACGUGUUGGUAGCACAUAAGGCUACCCGGCAAAAAUCGAGGUAUCGUAUUGUUCUUAUCGUUACAUAGGGGGAAGGGUGGUGUUGGAAUCUCAGGUGUAAUUUAUGUUUCAGAUCAUGUCAUAACUGAUAAAAUGGAAAAUUGUAUUCACAUCUCCCUUAAAUAUAAACUUAUACUUUAACUCCAAUUCGUCAUGAUCACCAUAAUCAAUCAUUUGCCGUGCUUAAGUAUGGACAAGUGUUACAACCUGAUUUUCACGGCGAGAGGACGUCGAGGGAAACUAUCAGGCUGAAAAAAGAGGUCACGUGAACAGACUGUAAUCUUCAUAUUUCGGAACUCUGAACACUUUCCCACGAUGUCUGUCUUCCUCUCUGGCGCACGCUCCGUCCAGUGUUCUUACCACAAAUGAUCUCACCGUAACAUGCAAUCUUGUACUCUCUUGUUUCGGCAGGUACAAAACAAGAGACUCAAAAACAGCGCGUUUCAAGGGAGGAGCAUUCAUAAGUUCCCUGACGAGAAAAGACUAUUUGUGCAGACGAAUGUCUACAACCCUUCUAGCUCCUCAUUUGAAAUGUACCAGUUGUCUGGCUCCGAACAA